AUGGAGGCGCUUCAGCAGGCGGAACACGAGCUCGUCGGUGUGUGGCAGUAUGUGUCAACGAAUCUGUCCAUCCGCGGGGACGACGCAUCGGUCCAACAGCGUUUGACGUUCUCCACCGAGGAAGAGCAGACACUUGAGGAGAAAGUAAGCGAGGGUAUCUCCGCAUAUCGUCGUGCUCUCUCGGACGCACAAGACUGGAUCCAAGAGCUAGAGGACGCCAAGGAGGCGAAGGAGGCAGCACAGAAGGUGGAGAAGUCCACGACUCAAUUACAAAGCCACACGGCUAACUGCAGGAAAGUGCUCGUGGCCUAUCGCCAGCGCGCCAAGCUCGAGCGCCUCGAGCAGCAGCGUCGCAGCUUACUGCCGCAGAGUCCACGGCAGGCAAAGGCCUCCAGCGCUAGCAAUUCCUCAGGCUCGGCUGUGGACGUGACAGCGGCGCUGAAACGUACAAGACAGGUCAUGUCCCAGGAAAUCGAACGAGUGAGCUCUGUUACCAAAGUGCUGGACGACGGACGCCUGAGUCUGCGCAGUUCCCACGAGGAAUAUGGCAGCGUGAACGCCGAAAUCGCCGAGGUGCGGAAGACACUUAAGGCGCUCGAGUGGCAGGCCAAGCAGGACAAAAUGUGGAUCGGUGCGGGCAUCAUGGUGCUGCUCUCGACCGUGUUAUUCAUCGUAUAUGAACGCACGGGCCUCAUUAUUAUUUGA